AUGUCGCCGCCUCCAAAACUUCGCAAGAGUAAAAGCGUGGAACAGACCUACCAAAAAAAGACCCAGGUAGAACACAUCCUUCUGCGUCCAGACACGUAUGUUGGAUCGAUUGAGCACCAGGAUGAGUCUUUGUGGGUUUGGAAUGAGAAGAAGGAGGAGAUGCAGUACAAGGACAUCAGCUAUGUGCCAGCUUUGUACAAAGUCUUUGACGAAAUCCUUGUGAACGCGGCCGACAACCUACAGAGAGAUCCCAAAAUGAAGGUCAUCAAAGUGGACAUUGACAAGUCCAAAGGAAGGAUCCGUGUUUGGAACGAUGGCAAAGGCAUUCCAAUACAGCUGCACAAGAAAUACAAAGUCUUUGUUCCAGAACUGGUCUUUGGUCACUUGCUGACAAGUGACAAUUAUGAUGAUUCUGAACGAAAAGUCACAGGAGGUCGCAACGGUUAUGGCGCAAAAUUGACGAAUGUGUUCAGCAAGAAGUUUGUCAUCGAGACUGCAGGUGGAGGUAAGAAGUACAAGCAGGAGUGGACGAACAACAUGAGCAAGAAAGGAAAGCCAAAUGUGACAAAGGGAUCAGCGGGCAGUUCUUACACUUCUGUUGAGUUUUGGCCGGACUUGGCAAAGUUUGGGAUGAAGGAACUUGAGGCUGACACUCUUGCGCUGAUGAUGCGACGGGUCUACGAUAUUGCAGGGACGAGUGGAGAUCGUUGCAGUGUCUAUUUGAAUGGCCGAAAGCUUCCAGUGAAGAACUUUGUCGACUACUGCAGCUACUUUCACAAUGGAGAUGGACAUGCAUUUGCACAAAUCGGCAAGCGCUGGCAGGUGCUGGUGGCAAGGUCUGACGGAGAUGGCUUUGAGCAGAACUCUUUCGUGAAUGCUAUCAGCACCCCAAAAGGAGGGACGCAUGUCAACUACAUCUUGGAUCAGUUGAUAGACGCAAUUCUGAGCAAGGCAAGCAAGCAGGCCGGAAAAGGUACAGAGAUCAAGCGAGUGCAUGUGAAGAGUCAUUUGUGGCUCUUUGUCAACUGCCUGAUCGAAAAUCCCGCCUUCGGCUCUCAGACGAAGGAACAGAUGACGCUCAAGGUCUCACAGUUCGGGAGCACAUGCAGCUUGCCUCGGUCCUUCAUUGAUGAGAUUGUUAACAACACUGGGAUUGUGGAUGCAGUCAUCUCAGAGGCACAAUCAAAACUUACGCUGAUGAUGGACAAGAACGUCUCCAAGGCAAGUCACGGAAAGCGAGUGUUGGGCAUUCCCAAGUUGGAAGAUGCAAACGAAGCAGGUGGCAAUCACUCCAAGGACUGCACCUUGAUCUUGACGGAGGGAGACAGUGCCAAAGCUUUGGCUGUUGCUGGUUUGGCAAUGCUUGGACGCGACAAGUACGGGGUCUUUCCACUCAGGGGAAAGCUAUUGAAUGUCCGCGAACUGAACCAGAAAUCCCUCGCAGAGAAUAAAGAAGCCAUGAACAUUGUGAAGAUCCUGGGCCUUUCUUUCGACAAGAAGUCAUCUAAAGACUUGCGAUAUGGAAAGGUCAUGAUCAUGGCAGACCAAGACUACGAUGGCUCCCACAUCAAGGGACUUCUCAUCAACUUCUUCCACUACUUUUGGCCUGACCUGCUCAGAGGAAAGCAAGGAUUCCUGCAGCAGUUCAUUACCCCAAUCGUGAAGGCUACCAAAGAUGGUAAAGUCUUGCAAUUCUUCACCAUGGUGGAAUACGAAAAGUGGAAGAAAAAGACCAAGGAUGGUGCAGGAUGGAAGAUCAAGUACUACAAAGGUCUUGGUACCAGUACAGCGGCAGAAGCCAAAGACUAUUUUGGCAAGAUCCAAGAUCAUCGAAUUGAUUUCAGGUGGAAGGGAAACAGCGAAAACAAGCUCAUUGACAUGGCGUUCAACAAGGGACGUGCCGAUGAUCGCAAGACCUGGAUGAACAAAUACCAGGAGGGUACUUUUGUGGACCACUCCAAGCGAGCCGUCUCAUAUGAAGACUUUGUGAACAAAGAGCUGGUUCAGUUUUCUCGCUAUGACUUGAUGCGAAGCGUCCCAUCGGUCAUGGAUGGUUUGAAGCCAACACAGCGGAAGGUUCUCUAUUGCUGCUUCAAGCGCAAUUUGAAGUCAGACGUGAAGGUUGCUCAACUGGUUGGAUAUGUAGGCGAGCACAGUGCUUACCACCAUGGAGAAGCAUCGUUGUCCGGUACCAUCGUUUCCAUGGCUCAGGACUUUGUUGGGUCCAACAAUCUCAACCUGUUGAUUCCAUCCGGUCAGUUCGGGACACGAGCCCAAGGCGGAAAGGAUGCAGCCAGUGCUCGAUACAUCUACACAAGGCUUGCUCCGAUCGCUCGAAUGCUGUUCUGUUCUCUUGAUGAUCCGGUGCUCGAGUACCAGGCGGAAGAGGGUCAGAAGAUUGAGCCGUAUUGGUAUGCCCCGAUCAUUCCAAUGAUUCUGGUGAAUGGAUCGGAGGGCAUAGGCACAGGCUGGAGCACUUCAGUGCCAAACUACAAUCCCUUGGACAUCAUCGCCAACAUGCGCCAAUUCAUCAAGAAGAAGCCGAUGCAAAAUAUGCAGCCAUGGUAUAGAGGUUUUACUGGAACCAUCAAACCAUCGGGCGAGAAAGGCAAGUACGACUGCCUGGGCAGUUUUUCAAAAACAAGCACAACAAUUCUGCAGAUCACCGAAUUGCCUCUCAAAAAAUGGACCCAGGACUACAAAGAGUUUUUGCAGAGCAACAUGCCCGGUGGCGACAACAAGAAAAGCAAGUUGAACAUCUACGAUGUGAGAGAGUAUCACACGGAGCGGCAAGUGCACUUUGUAGUUCGAAUGGAUGGCAACAAGCUGAAGGAAGCGGAGCAAAAGGAUGGCAUUGAAGUUGCAAUGAAACUCAAAGGUAGCAUCAACGAGACGAACAUGGUCCUCUUCAAUCACGAGGGGAAGAUCACGAAGUACAAGAAUGCCAAGGAGAUUAUGCAAGAGUUUGCAAAAGUCCGUUUGAAAAUGUACGAUUUGCGGAAAAAGUACCUGAUUCAAAAGCUCACGCUUGAGAAGGAGCUACUCGGGAAUCGAGCACGAUUCAUCGGCAUGAUCAUCGCCAAGAAGCUUCACAUCAACAAUCGGAAGAAGGCUGACAUUGUGAAAGAUCUCACAAGAUUGAAAUUCCGGAAGUUUGGAGACACAACACCGCCAAGGACUGGCUACGAGUACCUGCUGGGGAUGCAGAUUCUGACACUGACCCAUGAAAGGAAGCUGGAACUUGAGAAGCUCUACAAGUUCAAGAGUGACGAAUUGGCCCAAGUGAAAAAGACAUCGAUUCAGCAGAUGUGGAGCAACGACUUGGACAGACUCGAACAAGCGAUCCGUGAAAUGUAUGGCAAUGAGGAGCGAGAGAUUUCCUCUGGGAAGAAGAGAAAGGCCAAAAGCGGUGACGUGGUCGCUGAUUUGAAGCGUCCAGCCAGCGCAUUGACUUCAAAGCUGUGGAAGGGAUCCAAAAAAGGAAGAGGUGGAAAAGGUGCGAAGGGCAAAGGCCGCAAAAGUAGAGGGCAGGAAGAGGAGGAAGAAGCUGAGGAGCCUGGAAAGCCGGAGGUGAACGAAGCAACAGAGCAGCUGUUUGGGGAUGUGGCACGGUGGACGUCUGGCUUGCUGAAAGUUCCAGGAGGUCUUGGUGGAGGAAAGAAGCGACGUCGCUUGGAUACAAACAAAGUGUUGUUGCAGAAAUGCCCCCAAUUGCA